AUGGCUCCUUCCAGAAAUCGUAAACGACGAACCAUCCAGCGAAGUCCGUAUCCGAAUAUCUUCCUGAAUACGGACAAGGUCACCUGCCUCGGUAUAAUUAGCUUGGUCGCAGGUGUAACUAUAAUAGCCACAGGUGCUAUGACGCGUACCAGAGGAUGGCCAGCGUACAUCAUCGUCCCAUUCGCAGGGAGUAUCGUGACACUGCUGGCCUCGCUUAUCAGCCUCGCCCUCCACAUGACGAUGCGAUCCCCAUUCAUCACCAAACUCGCAGUGGAACUUCCAUGGGCUGCAGGACUCACUUUGUUUUGGAUUGCUUCGGCCGUCUUCACCUUUGUCAAAGAUCCGUGCAACAAUUCGUUGUGCAAGAGGAGUUGGAAGUCUUCUCAAGCAGGCGCAGUAAAGUCAGGCGUUUCGAUCCUUGGAGUCCUUAGUGUACUCCUCGCGUGGUUUUGCUUUCUCUUCUUCGCUUGGUUCCUCUUCUAUAGCGUUAAAACACGUCGCCUCCUGGAGAAACAAUUCCAAACUGGUAGAACGCGGAAAGGCGAGGAAGUGAGUGUGUGGUGGGCGUCCGUGAAUGAGUUCGAUUGGGAUCCGGUGUUGUUGGCCGAGCACGAAGUCAGGGUCGCUAGACCCUUUGAUGACUUUGGGGACGAAGGUCCUCCGCCAGCAUACAACCACAUCCACCAUCCUACACCGGAGGGCCACGGCGCACAUAAGGAUGUGGCUUAG